AAGCAAACCACCAACUCAAAACGUUCAUUAAAUGGGUUAAAGUGGAAUUGCACCAAAUAAAACCCUUUCUGCAACAAUUAUCCCCGCACACACUGGGAAGCGUAACGACCACCUGCAGCACAAUCACGCUUAUCAGUGUGAUGGAAAUCUUUCCGUGUGGUUUGUUUCGUACGGCACAGCAAACCAACCACCAUCAUACGAUGAUCAGCAACUGGACGGCUCAUCAGUAGCGUUCACCCAGAGGACCCGUACGUACCAAAUGUUGUUUCCCGCUUCAUCCCGAACACUGCUCCACCGUUGGAUAAAUCAGUGCGGAGUAUUUGAAUCCCGGAGUUUGAAAACCACCGGACUGCAGAUACGGCAAUUAGGUGCAAGUGCUUCAUUGUUCGCUGGAGUGCAAUUUACCGCUCCUUACAGUAGUAGCGGGCUGAGCCGGCGUUUGAAGGAGCAGCAGACGAUCAGUAGUGGAUACAGUAGCAAGAAGUAUUCAAAUAUGUUACCGUCGCACGAAACGAUGGCGCAGCGAGGUGGACCCGUCGAGCCGGUGCGCUUCACGAAAAACAUGACAUUCUUCACCAAUCGAAAGCAAAGCUAUGAAAAAGACAAUCAUACAUUAAGGCUGACGGCAACGCUCGACAAGCCGUUGGUGUUUAUCUUCGCCUGGCUACAGGCGUCCGAAAAGCAUCUGGCAAAGUACGCCGACUUCUAUCUGGACCAGGGAUUCGAAGUGCUGUGCGUCCACAUAACGCCCUGGCAGCUGGUGUGGCCCGUCAACGGCUCACAGAAGGUGGCGGCCGAUGUUGUCAAAUUUCUCACCAACAACGCAUUCCCCGAGGGGAUCGUCAUACACGGCUUCUCCGUCGGUGGCUACCUCUGGGGCGAAUGUUUGGUGAAGCUGCACGCGGACCCGGCCGGCAAGAGUGUGCUGGCAAAAAUCCGCGGCCAGGUGUGGGAUAGUCUGGCGGACAUAACGGAAAUACCGGUCGGUGUGCCGCAUGCGGUGCUACCACACAAUCCCACCCUCCAGGGCGUCCUGCGCAACUAUAUCAACUACCAUAUGAAGCUGUUCCACGAGGAAGCAACCCAGUAUUACGUGAAAUGUACGCAUCUCUUCCAUUACGAGCCGGCCCAGUGUCCGGCCCUGCUGCUCGUCUCGAAAACGGAUCCCGUCGGCACGGAAAAGGCUAACAAUCGGCUGCGGAGCAUUUGGGAAUCCGUUGGAGUAAAGACAUCGCUCAAGUGCUGGGAUAAGUCACCUCACGUUGGCCACUUCCACAAGCAUCGGGACGAGUACAUCGAGCUGCUGCUCGCUCACCUUCGUGCCCUCGACCUGCCGAUGUACAAUCGUAAGGCUAAGCUCUAAUGACCCGGCGACAAGCCAGUUAUGAUUUGUUGUGUAAUCCAACGACCUGCCUGUGUUGGUUCGCUCGAACGGGAGCUGGUUUGAUUAAAAGCGAUAAGGUGAUAAGGUGAUAAGUACCCGGUCAGUUAUCCAGUGACUUUUUCUGGCGAUUAGCCUUUCUACAGCUACUACCAGUGUGACCUCUGUGUGGUCCACCGAUAAAGAAACACAUCAGGAAUUAGAUAAAUAUUUAAGCUGUAAAGAUGUAGCAAUAGUAGCUCUUUUGCUAUCCUGCCCUUCAGCUGAUAUCUUUCACAACAAAGUAUCGCAGCUAGCUGUGAAAAAGCAAGCAAAUAAUAAACUUCCCACGACAAUGAAGCGCA